GCACGUCUUAAAAUUUUAGUAGCGUUUGAGUAUUCGAACAUUAAUUACAUAAAUUAUGACCAUCAAAAACAAUAGCGUUACUCAUUUGUAAAGCUGGCUAAGCACAUGUAACUCUAUGGAGUUGAGUUCAUGGGCGACACUGACCACUUACUACAACAUAACAAGUGAUCCUUUUACUUGUGUAUACCAUAAAAAUAUCAGAAUUUCCAUGUGUUUUAUGGAAUGUAAUAAUUAAUGUCUAUCUGCCGCAUUCAGAGUUAUUUAAUGGAUAUUUAAACCAUUCCUUAGUAACGAUUUUGUAUCGAAAACAAUUGCUAAGGAGUGGGUUAAUGCCCGGUUCCUAUAAUUGAGAAACGAUCCGUUUUAGUUACGAAUAGUAGUUUUAUAUACGAGGCGUAAGCUUAAACCGUUCCUAUAAAAAACGUCUCGUCGCGCAACUUACUGACGGCUUGUAACUAACGGAUGGGAGGGCACCGGUAAGCGUAAAGUAUAGAGAUGACAGUCCAUGGCGUUCCUAUAAAUAUUUUAACCGUCCGUAGAUUGUCAAGAUGAUUAUUCGUAAUGUCACUUGGUUACCAGCCGAUGUCGGUCGGUUAGAGUAGAAUUUAGAAAGAAACUUCACCGUUUUCCUUGUAAAUUUUAAAAUGUCCAGUUCAGAGAGUGAUAGAGAAGCGUUUGAUAUUCUAUCACACAUCAAUGAAAGUGAUUCAGACGAAGAUAACAGGCGUAGCAGAACAUAUAAAGAAAGAGUAAACUAUUUAGCGUCGCUGGAUUCAUACGAAUUUCAAGUGAGAUUUCGACUCGACAAAGCGUCUACUGAAGAGUUACUUCUUGAAAUUCAUCCGCAUAUAAAAGUAACAGGAUCCAGGAAUCAUGGGAUUUCUCCACUACAUCAGCUAUUGCUGACCUUAAGAUUUUAUGCUUUAGGAACGAUGUUGUUGUCAGUGGCAGAUUUUGUGGGUGUGUCAAAAACGUCGGCAUGUCGUAUUGUGCGUGAUAUUAGUUUUGCUAUCGCUAAACUUUAUAGUAAAUACAUUUUCAUGCACACUGACACAGAACAUGAGUUCUAUAAUAUAGCUCGGUUCCCACGUGUUCUUGGUGCAAUUGAUGGUACACACAUCAGAAUACAAUCACCAUGUUCUCAUGUUGGUGAAGAAUUUAGAAACCGAAAAGGUUACUUUUCUCUUAAUGUGCAAGCAGUAUGUAAUGCCAAUCUGCUUUUCAUGAAUGUGGUGGCUCGUUGGCCUGGCUCUGCUCAUGAUGCCACUAUAUUCAAUGCUUCCGAACUGCGUGCACAAUGUGAAAGUGGAUUAUUUGGCAACAGAUGGUUACUGGGAGAUAGUGCAUAUCCUCUGAAACCUUACCUUUUACCACCACUACUAAACCCGCAAACACAAGGACAAAUUUUGUACAACGAAGCGCAUAUCCGAACAAGAAAUUGCAUUGAAAGAUGUUUCGGGGUAUGGAAGCGACGAUUUCCUGUUGUGGGUUUAACUUUGCGCCUGAGUCUCUUACGAGCUCACUCAGUAAUAAUAGCUACAGCAGUGCUACAUAAUAUUUGUCGCUCAAAGAGUUUAGCAGAUGUACCUCCGGAGAUGGAACUUCCAAAUGCAGAGGCAGUGCCUGUUUCCAGUAAUGCUGAGGAGAUGAGUAAUUAUAUGGAAAGAGAUUUAUUGAUUACAGAAUAUUUCAAUAAUUUACACUAAUGAAGAUAAUAAUCUAUAAAUAAUCAAGAGUAGUAGUAACAAUGAACUGCUAAGUAUUAGUUCUCUGAUAAAUGUAAUGAAAAGGCUGGCUAUUUCU